AUGUCGAGGCUUCGCGCUCGACGAUUCGACAUAAACCUUGACGAUGAAUUAAGUAAUUUAGUUGAAAAUCCCGUAGAACAUAAACCAGUAAGCAAAAAGGUUUUGGAUCUACGCUCCAGUACAACUGGGAUUGUUCGUGCUGUUACUGAAAAUAUCUCGAAUGGACCAGUAGUAGCACCGUCGUUUUCUAAUGCUUCUGCUCCUAAAGACGGUUUUCCACAACCUGUUCAUAGAGAUAAUCAAAGUAUAUUUAGACAAAGAAAACAACAACCACUAAAUGAAUCAUCAAAUAAGCUUAAUACACAACCACCAAUAAAUGAAUCACUACCACCAAAUAAGUCUAAUAUAGAUCCCGAAAUUCCUGAAAGUGAUUAUAUGGAAAUUGAUCAGGAAACUACUCAGUACAUUGAAAAUAUGACUGACGCUGAAAUAACUGAAGUUAGAGAAAUGUUGUUAAAAUCUCUAAAACCAGGUUUCACUGAAAAGUUAAUGAAAGGAAAAACUUUAGCUCAAAGAUUAAAUGAGACAUCAAGUUAUCAAACUUUAGAUCCUCAAGAUCAAAGUCCUAAAACAUUAAAAAAUGAAGACUCAAUGCUACUUGAAAUGAAGGAAAAAUUCUAUUCUGAUACUCCCAUCGAAUAUGAAAAAUUAGAAUGGAUGGGUGUUGACUUCAAAAAUGAUAAAGUUCAGUCUUCUUAUAAACCUCAAAAGGAAAAGUAUGAUGAUCCUUGCGUUACAACUCCGUUAGAUCCUCCUGAAGCAUCGUAUAGAUUCGAUUUCAAUGGAAAGAUAAUAGAUAAGGACUCUAAUGUUCCCUCUUAUAUAGGCCUUCAUCAUCACGGAGCUGAACCUGAUCAAGCUGGCUACACACUGGGUGAAUUGCUUCAUCUAACGAGAAGCAUGGUUCCAAGUCAAAGAACUAUUCCUUUAAAUAUAAUUGGAAGAAUAUUAAGGAAAGUCAGAGUAGGUUAUUAUGGUAUUGAAACUGGUAGAAAAAUUACAGAUUGGGCAAUCAAAUUAAAGCUUCCGACUUAUCUACGGAUGGCAUUAGAUGAUAAAUUCGAGACUGUCAUUAUAGCUGCUAUCGAUGCUAUAUCUUCUUGGAUUAUUGGUGGAUCUAAAGAAUUUUAUCAGGAAGAGAAACUCUGGGAAAAAGCUAGUAAAUUAUAUCGUGGAUACGAAUUUGCUUCUCUUAGAGGAAAAGAUGAUGUACAAACAAAAAAAUAUUUUGGAAUUGGGAUCAAUUCGUAUGAAAUUGGUGAGGGUGAAGAUGAUACAACAGAGAAUCAUAUUAAACUUGCGUCAAAAGAUCUAAUUGCGGGACUUGUUUCGAUGGACAUUGCUCAUAGAUUACUAUAUCUUUUGGAUGUAGUAAGACUUCCUUACGUCACAAGUGAACAAAUUUUACUUAUGCUUGUUCGCUUUGCACGCCAUUCACGAAAAACUGCCAAAACUAUAUUUGAAUGUCAUAGGUUGUUGGAUGUUAUUCAUGAAAAGUUUUUAUGCUUGACUUGGCCACCUAUAAAUAACAAUGAUAGUUCAUCAAAUGAUUCAAAAUAUCCGAACUUGGCAGCUGCUAAGCUAAUUCAUAUAUUGUGUCAAUCCUCAAAAAAGAUCAGUAAAGAAAUUAUAAACAAAUAUAUGAACACGUUUCUGAGAUAUGUCACGAUCAAUCCUGCAUCAUUUUCUAGUGAACUUGAAAUGAAUGUUGGAUAUACCUUUUUUCAUGAAACAUUGCGUAUUUACCAAACUCUCGCUGCAUAUGGACUUUAUCAUGAAAUAUUUUCACAAACAUAUUGUAUUGUAAAUUGGUAUUUAGUGAGAGAAAUAUUAUAUUCACUCACUCCUCCAUGGGAAUGGAAAAGUGGUAAUAAUUAUCAAAUGCGACAAAAGCUGGGAAUAGCAACAUCUUUCUUUAGACUUAUGGAAAUUUGGAUUCGUGUUCAAGACAAAGAAUCGGGUAAUAUUAAAGAAUAUGGUGCACAGCCGAGUGAGAUUAUAGGAGAUUCUGUUGAUUUCUUGGCAAAUUGGAUGAUUACAUUUUCAUCCUCUCUUUUAUCACAAAAUAUGGAUAUUCGCGAAGAUUAUGAAAAAGCCUUAAAUUUAGUUUCGAGUAUUACAAGAUAUAUUUCUGCGUGGUGUAAAUAUUUAGGCGAGCAUCAAUUAAAAGAUACUAGUGAAAUAUUGAGGAUUUGGGAAAAAUUGUGCCUUACAGAUUGGCCUUCGUCUAACCUUUGCAAUUAUUUGCGGGAUCAAUUAACUAAUCAGAUACAAAAAAUGCAAAAGAUAUCAAGAGAUGAUAUUUGGCAAAUAUCAAAUUUGUCGGGUGCAUAUCAUCCAUCCACUUACGAGUAUAUUUCUGAAACCCUUUCAAUCUCAAUAAUAUGUGAUACAUACUUGUCAUAUAUUUCUUUGGUUUAUCAGAUGUGCAAAUUACUUUCUAACGACAAUAACUUUUCGCUCAAAACGUUGGAAGUGAUCAAAUCAAGUAUAUCAAUUGAACCAUUACUACUACAUACAGUAAAAAAUCCAGCAAAAGGUGAUUGGCUUGAUUUUUUCAACAAACCGUGCACUUAUUUGCUUUACGAAUGGAUGAUUGUUGUAAGCAUGCUUAGUGAUAGUACAAAAACAGAUGAAAUAAAAGUACAAUAUUUAACGAGUUUAUUACAUGAAGCUUUAAUAAUAAUGCCCAAUAUUUUAUCGGGUGAUGAAAAAAUAGCUCUGGAUAUUCUGGGUCGAAUAAUGGAAGGAAUAUAUUCAAAAUCACCUGACGCUGCUAUUAAGGAGAGCAUUAAUACACUCAAGUCAUUUUAUGAACGUCGAAUUGUUACAAAUAAUAGUGAUCAUCAAGAGAAUAAUACUUUAUUGUGGGAUUACGGAACUUCAGACGGACUACCAUUGUUAAAAAGUUGGAUAUGGACACCAAUUAAUGUUCUCUAUUCCAAGAAACCAGAUUUGGCAAUGGACGAUGAAGUUCGAACUGAAAUCGUUCGUAAUUGUUUAAUUUUGGUGUGUGAAGUGAUAAAAAUGUGCAAGAACAUUAAAGAUUUUUCAAUUGCAAACUUUAUUAUGGAUCCUGUUACAAUUAUAAUAUCUAUUAUGAAAAUCUUCAUGUUAGAUGGUGAAAUAUAUAGAACACCUGACAUUGAACAAUUGAUUGAAAAAAUUAUUUCGUCAUUCACUUUUCAACAAUCUUCUGGAAAUAAUACUAAAUUUAUUAAACAAUUUGUGGAAGAUACAACAGGAGUUCUUGAAGUACCAUUUUAUCAAUUUUUCACAGAUUUUUCAGCUUCAUAUGCUGCUGGGUCAUAUGGUAAUAAAACCUUUGCGCAAUUGUUAAUUCUACCAAUAUCUUUCACCUACCCUAUUGACUUCAGAUAUCUUGUAUGGAGUGAUUUAUACGAUAUUCUGGGAACCAUUAGAAUUAAUUAUAAUGAUAUGAUAUGUUUGGAGCCAUUAAAUUCAUACUUUUGGCCCAUAGAAACUAACGCAGCUAUAUUACAAGCAUAUGUUGGUGCAGUUAUUCAUUGUAAGGUCACAUGCGAAAAAACACCAUUCAUGUAUUGGUUAGCGAUCCAUCAUUUAAGUGGGUAUGUGUUUUUUGAAGAUUGGAAGAUAAAUACUCAAAAAAAGAUUGAUAUUUCAGAUGCAAUAAUCAAAAGUAAAAAACUAGUAAUGAUUAAUAAUUGGAUUAAAUAUACAUCGAAGAAUUUUGGUGAAGGGAUGUUCGAAUUGGUUAAGAUGCCUCAGUGUUUCAUGGAUGUUGAUCAAGAAGUUCAACAUAGAAUAGAAAUAUUAAAAAAGUUUAAAAUCGAGUUUGAUGAGAUAAUAUUUAGAAAAUAA